UUCCCGAUGGAGGUGAAAGCCCUCGGCUUGCUGAAGCACGGAAAACAGAAGACCUAUAUGCUUUCUGUGUCCUGGUCAGAUCAGAACAAUAUCCUCAUCUACAGGACGUUUGAAGAGUUUAAGAAACUCCAUAAAGAACUGAAGAGAAAAUUCCCCAUCGAAAGCGGCCUACUGAAGAAAUCUGAUCGCACCAUCCCAAAGUUUAAAGCUGCACGUUCGAGGCUGAGGAAGGAUUGGAAUCUGGGCAGAAGCCUGGACCGACUGAAGCUGCUCGAGGUUUACUGCGCGGAGCUCCUGAAAGCAAAGCCUAAAAUUUCCCAAGGGGAAGACGUGACCCAUUUCUUUGAAGCGCAGAGCCAAGACCUGGACCCUUCUUUUCCAGAAAACAGCAUCAUAAUCUUGCCUUCUGAAAUGGGACAGAGGAAAAAGGAGACACGCAAGCCUUCCAUCCCAACCAUCACACAGCCAGUUAUCUCCCAGAGCUACAGAUGCAUCGAAGACUUUGAAACCAAAGACACAAAGAACAGGCCCUUCCGAGCCACCAAGGAGGAAACGCUUGAAGUACUCAUGAAGGACAGCACAGGAUGGUGGCUAGUGGAAAAUGACCAGAAGCAAAUUGCCUGGUUCCCAGCCCCAUAUCUGGAGGAGAGGGAGGAUGCAUCAGUCGUCAGAGAAACCAACGAGGAAGGUAAGCUGCUGUAUUAUAUCACACGCUCCUACAAAGCAAAGAAUCAGGAUGAACACUCUGUGAACGUCGGGGUCGUUGUGGAAGUGCUGGAGAAAUCUGACAAUGGCUGGUGGCUUGUCUGGUACAACGGGCGCAUGGGCUACAUCCCCUCCAUGUUCCUCCGGCCGUACAAAAACCCACACAGUAAAUUCCUGGCUCUUGCCGGCAGCAGUGGUCUAUGCAUCUCCACCCCAAACCUCUCAGAAGUCACCACUCUCUCCAGAAGGAACACCCCACCAAACCAGCAGAAAGGCAGCCGUUGGGAUGCAGUCCAUCCUCGCUCAAGAAACAUCAUGGAGGGGGGGAAAGACAGUCCCCUGAGUCGAAUCAGGUCUCGGUCUCUCGUUGAGGCUGCAGCCACGGGAGCCUCCGCCCCGGCCUCUGACCGUGACAGCUUGUCCGAUAGCUUGGGAAACGUGAGCGAGCAGGGAUUGUACUGGUCCCAGAAGACAGAGGUCCAGAGCUUGGAGAGCAUCCUCCAGCCCGACCCGGGAACCCGAGGCAGCCCCUCUUCACUUCUUGACAGCAGUCGGCAGAGAGACUCCGGCUUUGAAGAAGAGCCCUUUGCCUGUGCGGAUAAUUCGCCCUGCUCCCCCUCUGAUUCUGGCUGGGUGCCUGGCGGCCCAAGGGUGCCCCCGCGACCCUCACACCAGGAGAUCCUCCAGAGAUGCAGCACCAUCACCAAAAGGGCUGUGCAGGGGGUACGGCCCAGGCCCACUCUUCCUGCCUGA